AUGUCUCCCAAUCUCGACAUCCCAUCUAUCUGUGCACAGAUCGCUCGCGAUUACUCACCCUGCGACGUCUCGGAUGCGCUCCUCAAACUCCACGUCCCGGCUGCAGGCUACCUUCGCGACAUCUCGCCCUUCCCAGCUGCUCACCAGCAUGGCUCCCCCGGCCGCCUCGUGGCGCCCAUCAGCACGGUUCUCUUCGUCGACAACGCUCACACGCCCGGCACGCAGUAUGACGGCAUGAUGGUGCCCGCGGAAUCCAACCUGCCCCACGACAAGCACUUCACCGACGUCGCGCCGGCGGGCUCCGUGGUCCUCAUGCAGCAGCCCUCGCACCAGAUCGCGGCCCUGCUGGGCGACAUCGUGGCGACGCGGUACAAGCUCCGCGGCGUCAAGGGGUGCAUUAUCGACGGCCGGGCCCGGGACCGCGUCGGCUGCGGCGAGCUGUGCAAGGACGGGAGCUUCCAAUGCUGGUCAAAGGCCCUGACGAGCCCCGGCACGAGUCUCGAGGCGAAACCCUGGGCCGUGGAUGUGCCGAUCAAGAUUGGAGGCGUCGUCGUCGCUCCGGGAGACGUCCUGGUCGCCGACGAGGCCGAGAUGGUCUGCUGUGUGAUCCCGAGGGCGAGGUUGCACGAGGUCAUGGAGCUGUUGCCCGUGCAGAAGGAGGCGGACGACGGUCUGCUCGAGGACGUAAAGCGUGGAAUGGGCUUCAAGGAGGCGAUCAAGCGGUGGCCAAAGCAUUAUAGUAAUCAUUAA